AUGUAGCUCCACUCAAUGACUAAAACGGGGAAGCACAAAGAAACUGGCUGCCUUAGUCCGGGAUGGUGUUUUAACUCAGACCAAAGAACGGAUACAACUGGAAACGGAUUCAAAAGCGAAGUGUAUCUGCUAGCUUUUUUCUUAGUUUUUUUCCCAGUGGCGGAACAGAAUACGACAUUGAUGUGAAGUUUUUUGUCAGCUGCCUGCUAGUUAGCUAGCAAUCUGAGUUAACGCGACGAGUUUGCCUCAGGUCGUUUCUGGUCCUAUAGGGUAUUUUCACCCAACUUAUUUGAACUGUUUAUCAUACUGGCAUCCCCGAAGUGAUGUACACCCAAAUUCCACACCGUCUAUUUUCCCAAAAAGCACUGCGGAUGUCAAGGUCACAAUGAUGGAGCACAAUAGAAAGACAAUGCCAUCUGAAGGACUGUCUGGUUUUUAAUUCUGCCAAUUAAAGACCUGGAUCGUGGCAGAUUUGGCACAGGUAGCCUUACUUUCUGACCUUCAGUGUUCAAAAAAUGAUCCCUGGCUGAGGGUAUGUUGAGACGUCUCACCGGACCAGAGCAGAGGCGUCUAGGCGGUUCGGACGGGGACUGAAGGCGAGGAGGAAAGACAGUCGAGGGACCAGGGAGGAAGACAUGGGCCAGUGUGUCACCAAGUGUAAGAAUCCAACGUCCUCACUCGGCAGUAAGAGUGGAGACAAGGAGAGCGGUUCCAAGUCCCACAAGAAGGGUGGCAGUUCUGGGAGCGGUGCGGGCCACAAAGAAGAGCCUAGUGCCCCGUGUAGCAAACCCACCAGCGAGCUUUCAAAUGGCACCAAAGCCUUAGAGGUUACCGUGGAGACGCCCAUCAACGCUGCAGUGUUGGGGGAGCCGCGCAAGGAUGAGUGUGUGGAUGUAGAUGGGCUGUCAACGCUGCGCAUUGAGGAGCUAUUCUGCUGCUACAAGGACGAACAUGAAGACGCCAUCCUGGAGGAAGGCAUGGAGAGGUUCUGCAACGAUCUGUGCGUGGACCCUGCAGAGUUUCGUGUGCUUGUUCUUGCCUGGAAGUUUCAAGCAGCCACCAUGUGCAAGUUUACAAGGAAGGAGUUCGUUGAGGGCUGCAAGGCCAUCCAGGCAGACAGCCUCGAAGGUAUAUGCUCACGUUUCCCCUUCAUGCUGGUGGAGGCCCAGGGAGAGGAGAACUUCAAGGACCUGUACCGCUUCACCUUCCAGUUUGGACUGGACGCCGAGGAGGGCCAGCGCUCGCUUCAGCGCGACAUCGCCAUCGCCCUGUGGCGCCUGGUUUUCACGCAAGACACGCCUGCGAUCCUGGAGCGCUGGCUGGACUUCCUGGCGGAGAACCCCUCAGGGAUUCGGGGAAUCUCGAGGGACACCUGGAACAUGUUCCUCAACUUCACCCAGUCUAUCGGGUCUGACUUGAGCAACUACAGCGAGGACGAGGCCUGGCCCAGCCUCUUUGACACCUUCGUAGAGUGGGAGCUGGAGCGCAGGAAAAAGGAGGAGGAACAGGCACUGAUGGCGAAGGAGGAGGAGGGGAGGUGUACUGAAACAGAGUGUUCUCCCACUACAGACAGACUUGAAACAGAGGGAAGCCGCGGCUCACAGACGUGGGGGGGCCACUGACCAGGAAACAUGAAACAUUUGUAAGGGGAGAGAAGGAUAUGACCUAUAAGUGAACUGUGCAUCUGUGAAUCAUUGGAUGAAUAUUAGUAUUACCAUUACAGCUGUUCAUUUCGCUCUCCUUUUCUGUUAGGGUGGGAUUCUUUUUUUUUGUUUGUUUUUGUUUUUUGAAAGGGCUCUAAGAACUGUUAUGUUUUAAGCACUUCUAUUUAAGUUAUUGUUUUAUUUUCUCUUCUCCCAUUUAUGUUUUCAGUAAUUGGACACGUGGUCCAUUUUAAUGUAUACCUACCUACCAUAACCUAGCAGAGUUAGCUCUGUAAAAGCUUGGUUUUAAAAACGGGCGACAGAAAGCCAUAAACUUUUUCCAACAACGACGACAUCCACAGGUGAUGUUCACUGCUGACACAUUAAACAAGAAGGGAAAUUUUGGCACGUGGUCUACAAAAUAAUUGCAUUACUACUAAAUUGAGAUUGGCCAUAAAAGUCAAGGGCAAGUGAAAUGAUCUUGAUCGGACUAAUGUAGCUAGAUAGUAUUUUUUUAAUCUUGCAGUGCUGUGAGGAAGAAUCGGGUGCGCUGGUAUUGCCUUCACAACUUUUUGCCUGCAAUUACACUGUGGGCAGUGAUAGAUUACAAUUUUAUCCCUGGGGGAUUUUUAUUUUUAACAUUAAUACAAAUGACAUUCGGUUAAUUUAUCAAGUUUCAACAUUCAUUUUUUAAAUCCAAGUUUGUUUCCACGGUAACAGACCCACCCUCUCUUCUGUGUUGAGUGUUUUUGAGUGCUACUAGCGCAGUGAGCAGCUUAGCUUGCUUAAGCAGCUGCUGUGCUCCCCUUUUGACCUCCAACAUCUACUGUUUUGAUGUCCACCUAUUUUCAAGAAGAGUAUACAACGGAAUCAUGUUGCCUCUUUGAUGUUGUUUGAGAAAGUCUGUACUGCAACAAAUCGGUUCAAGCUCGGUCUUGGUCAUUUCUCGACAGAAGUUGCUAGAACCUGCAUUACAUUCAGGGCCGUUACACUGGGCGCCACGUAAAGCUUAUAUUGUUUACCUUCAGGAGUCUUUGCAUCCUUGAACUGCUAUACAAAAAAAAAAUGUGUGCACACUUAACAAAUAACAUUGACUGCUGCUGGCGAUGGUUGUAUUGAAUUGCACAAAAAACCAAUGGCAUGCUAAUUUGCUAUACUUGGAACGCUUUUAAGAGAGAUUGAUGUCAACCAUGUUUUCUUCAUUUGAAACCAUUUUCUGAACUGUACUGGUUAAUAGAUUGAGCUUAAGAAUAGCUUAGGGCGUUUUGGGAUGAGUGAGUGUUAAUUAGACAUGCUGGUUAAUCAGGAGUCUGUGAUAGGGUGGCCAAAACAUGAUGUUUGGUUUACAUCAACAAUGGUUUUAUUUCAGACCCCCUUUUGUCCCUUUUUUAUAUAAAAUGUAUUGAUUUAUAAUAAAUAAAAACAGUGUUGGAUUUUUUUGACCAUAAAAAUCUCUAACUUCAAA